GAUCUGGUGCGAGUGGUCAUGCGGUGGUACAGUGCUGAGUGCUUGAAAAUUUUGAAAAUAGUGUCUGUAGAUUUGAACAGUAGAUUAACAUGUGAAAUAGACAGCUGUCCUGAACUACGCGUAUUACUAACUGAGUGAUAUAUACGAUUAAAAGAGUAAUUCAUAUUUACAUUACGCUAAAUCGAACAUCGCCGUCUGUAAAAGCAGUGUCCUUGACUUCGAAUAAAAAUAAUUAUCCUGUUUAACCGUUAAGAAACAUAUUUAUCGGUCAUCGAAUACUGGUGUUACAAAGUGCGAUAGGACGAAGAGUGCAAAGUGGUAUUGUGGUGUAUAUGUGUCAGAAACUGGAAGAUGUCAGCAGAGCAGUAUGCUAGAACAUAUGGCACUCACUCUUUAACUCCAGCUUGUUUGGGGGUCAAAUGCAGAUUAACAAAGAUUCUUUCUUCUGGUGCAUUGCUUUCUUGUGUUACAUACACAGCCAUCAUCUCUGAAACUUAGAUAGAAAAAAAAAAAAAAAAAUCAUGCCAGCUACCAAUGAUAUGGAGCCUGCAGCGGACUGUCGCAGUGUGACAGACAGUGUCGGAAGUCAUAGUGACCUGUCUGUGCACACUGCAUCGACAGCACAGACACAGUUGCAGCGUCCACGUAUGGAUGUUGUUUGUGUAAUUGACCUGCAUCAACCAGACUAUCUGGCUCAUAGAAAGAGAGCUCUAGAAGAAGUCCGCCAAGCGUGUGCUCUAGUUAAUGCUGCUAUGAAUCAUAUACAGUUUGAAAAACUGGAUUUUGGUGAAACAAAUGUGUUGGAUACAUUUUAUAAUGCUGAUGUGGCAGUCGUGGAUCUGUCAGUACAGAUUCAGCAGAGUUCUCUCUUCUAUCAUUUGGGAGUUCGUGAAAGCUUUGGGAUGAAGGAGAAUAUAUUACUAUAUAAUGACUUUGAUACAGAGGCAACUUUAAGACUGAAGAUAUCAUGUGGCAGCUACACCUUUGUGUCGUAUCGACUUCUUGACUGUGGGACGUGCGUUACAACAAAUCCUGCAGCUGCAAGACUUACAGGAGAAGAAGGCUCUCUGGAUCCUAAACAACAUUUAACAAUCAAACUGAAAAAGUUACUCCAAGAUGUAGAAAUUCAGUCAAAAGCACACAUGAAGGAGAAGUUUUUAGCCGACUUGCGUAAAGCGAGAGAAACAUAUACGGGAGAGGAAUUAGCAAGAGUGCUUCAUAAUAUGAGGAAAAGACUUGAUGAUCCCAAUGUGCUCUCUGGUGAAGUGCUGUUGAAUGUGUUAAUAUCAUUUAGAGAAAUUCAAGAUUAUGAUGCCAUGGUGCAACUUGUUGACGACUUGCGAACUGUACCAAAUAAGAGGAAUUAUAUAACUACUUCAGCAAUAGGAUACCUCUAUGCAUUUGCACUGAACAGGCGCAAUAAAGAAGGCGACAGAGAACGAGCUCUCAGAGUGAUUGAGAAAGCUUUGGAAAAGAAGGAAAAUCAUGUACCUGAUAUAGUUUGUCUUUGUGGUAGGAUAUACAAAGACAAGUUUGUUGAAUCUCAGCAUCAAGAUAAAGAUAGUUUAAUGAAUGCUAUUCAUUGGUAUAGGAAAGGAUUUGAAGUGCAACCGAAUGAAUAUGCUGGCAUUAAUUUUAGCACAUUGCUUGUUAUAGCUGGUAAUGAGUUCAAAUCAGAAGAGCUGCAGCAUAUAGGUAUGGUCCUCAACAAUUUAAUUGGUAAAAAGGGUAGCCUGUCGUCAUUACAAGACUACUGGGAUGUUGCCACUUUCUUCGAAAUUAGUGUUUUAGCAGAAGAUUACUCAAAAGCUAUCCAAGCAGCAGAAUGCAUGUUCAAGUUAAAGCCACCAAACUGGCACGUUAAAUCUACGAUAGGAAACAUCUCUCUCAUAGACAGGUUCAGAAAGAAAAAUGAAGAUGCAGAAAUUUCUCCUGAGGAACAAGUAUUUGGAUUUUGGAUGGAAUACUUCGUGGAAUCAACAAAAACAGAAGUGGGAGAUAGCAUAAGAUUUCCUAUGCUUGUUUUGGAGCCAGAUAAGGUAUUCAUGCCAAGUUAUGUAACUGUGAAUCUUGGAGCAGAAGAAAAGUCAAUUGAGAUAUGGAACAUGUGUCUGGAUAGCAUGAAGGGAAAAUGUCGAAAGGUGCACAAAUGGCUUUUUGCAGCUAGUCAGAUUAGAAGUGUUAGUUUAUACAAGAGAGAUGAGCGCUGCUUGUUCCUGUAUGUACACCAAAACUCUGAUGACUUUCAAAUGUACUUUCCAUCAGUCCAGUGUCGUCAAAGGUUUUUUGAUUUGGUGAAAGAGAUGACAGGGGACCAAGAAGGAAUGGUUAUGGACCUGGAUGCUCAGCAGGCAGAGGAUCAGAUAAAAUAUGAAUAUGAGCAAGAUGAACAAGGAAAAAGAAUUGUGUUAGGAAAGGGCACUUUUGGAGUUGUAUUUGCUGCCAGAGAUCUAAUAACCCAAGUAAGGAUAGCAGUGAAAGAAAUUCCAGAGAAAAAUAAAGGAGAUGUUCAGCCAUUGCAUGAAGAAAUAAAGCUACACUCUCAGUUGAGACACAGAAACAUUGUGCAGUAUUUGGGUUCAGUGUCAGAAGAUGGUUACUUCAAGAUUUUCAUGGAGCAAGUACCAGGGGGAAGCCUGUCUGCCUUGCUGAGCUCCAAGUGGGGACCACUGAAAGAAAAUGAAUCUACUAUUGUUUAUUACACAAAACAAAUCUUAGAAGGCCUUAAGUACCUCCAUGAUCAGAAAAUUGUUCAUAGGGAUAUAAAAGGCGACAAUGUCUUAGUGAACACAUAUAGUGGUGUUGUGAAAAUAUCAGAUUUUGGAACCUCAAAACGCCUUGCUGGAUUGGCAUCUAGUACAGAAACAUUUGCAGGAACUCUGCAGUAUAUGGCACCUGAAGUUAUUGAUAAGGGGCAGAGGGGAUAUGGUGCUCCUGCAGACAUAUGGUCAUUGGGGUGCACCAUAGUGGAAAUGGCAACUGGAAAGCCACCGUUCAUUGAACUUGGUUCUCCACAGGCAGCCGUAUUUAAGGUAGGCUAUUACAAGAUUCAUCCUGAAAUCCCUCCUGAAUUAUCAGAAAAGGCAAAGAAUUUUAUUUUAUGUUGUUUUGAACCUGAUCCUGAGAAAAGAGCUACAGCAGCAGAUUUGUUGGAACAUCCCUUCCUCACAGAUAAAAAGAAGAGCUCUCGACUUAGUACUCCUCAAGAGUUCAGUCGGAGCAUUUCAGUACCAGCAGACAGAGUAACAGUUAAAAUUGAUAAAGGUGCAAGUAGUCACAACAGCACUCAUGGCCAGACAUCACCUGAGGACGGUGGCUUCAAUACUAAGUCGAACCCUGUGAAAUCAAGGGGACCUUCACUGCUCUCCCCAAUCAGCAUGCCUGCAGCUCUGUCUUUCUCCAGUCUCAGUACACCCACAUACGAGACAGAUCAAGAGGGUGGUGUAAAUAUGACACGACGAAGUUCAUCAGGUGGCUUACUUUCCCCAGAAGUUGACAUACCUACACCUAAAGGAGGUGGAGUUUUGGGAUUGGGAGAGGCCUCAGAACAAGAUGGAUUUUAUUUGUUGAAGAAAGAUUCCCAGAGACGCAUGACUCUGUCAAGAGUUAUCAGCCAAGAUGAGCAAAAGAUCUGUGAGGUGUGGAUGCAGAACAUACAAAGGGAGCUGCUAGCAACAGUUCUUUCCACAACACAUCUGGUGGCAAUGAUUCGCAGCCUGAGAAACUAUAUAUCAGAUCAAAACAAAGAAUCACUUGAAAACGCAAUACAUACAUUGAAAGAAGAGCUGGAUUUUGAUGCAGAUGCUAUUAACCAGCUGCAUUUCUCAUUGUACCUCAUCCAAGAUGCUGUGAAUGUGGUGUUAAGACUUCAUAGUAUCAAGCCUCACUGGAUGUUUGCAUUAGACAAUCUUGUACGUAAUGCUGUUCAAGCAGCUAUAACAGUCAUGUCACCAGAGCUCGGUGCCAACUUGGCAGGUCAGGAUAAUCGUGAACAAAGUGUACCUGAUGGACCUGAUGGAAGCUCCACAUCUGGCAUGUCAACCGUUAACUCGGUGAAAUCACAGAAAACUGUCGACAGCCUCUCCAAUUCAGCCAAGUUCCGCCUGGAGUACCGAGAGCAGCUUGGUGUCCUGCGCUCAGAAAACUUGAGAUUACUGCAAGAAUUAGUGGACAGCCAGAAAUCCUACCAGACACUGUUGCGGCAGGCCUUAGAAGAUCAUCGUUUGCAGUUGGCAUUACUCUCUCAGACUGUGCAGCAGCUGAACCUUGUGUCAUCAUGCACUUGCCAAUCACAUGCUGAUACAGGUUAUGGAUCACAUAGAUCAGUGAGCUCAAAUGAUGCUGCAAGCUCCCCUGCAGGUCUGCUUCCACAGAUCAGUGUGACCGAUAGCUCAGCUGAUGCACGAUUGAUUGAAUGGUUGCAGAACUUGAAACUAGACCAGUCCACUAUUGACAGGUUUCUGUUUGAAGAAUACUGUUUAGAUGAUGUUUUACUGUACAUCACACGUGCAGAUCUUCGCAAAUUGUGCUUAAGAGGUGGUGUCGAGUUGAGAGUAUGGAAAGCAAUUCUCAAAUGGAGGCGUGAGCACCGAGCUAACUUAAGUGCUGAGCGAUCUGACAGUGCAACCAGAACCCACCGUUCGACAAGUAAGAUAGAUGGUGGCGAUUCAAACCCUUUUGACAGGACUUGUAGUGAAAGCACAGAUACCACAGACUGAUUUUGGUUUCCAUAUAUUCUGUACUAAUAGAUACCUAAUCUAUAGCUGCACUUAAGGCACUGGAAUCGUACCUGUUAAUUUCUGUAAAUGUCGUGGCUUUUUUGUAAAAUGACACAUUGUGCAGGAUUUUUCACUUCCCAUGGAAGUUGGAGUAUGAAGAUUUACAUUUUAACUGGCAAAAAUGCUUCCACAUUGUGAUAUUCAUCUGUUGACACGUUGUACCUUAAUCUGUGAUACCAUACAGUAUCGUUGCUUUGCAGUUUCUAUCAACAUAUUGAAAAAAGAAGUGUGUGUGUGUGUGUGUGUGUGUGUGUGUGUGUGUGUGUGUGUGUGUGUGUGUGUGUGUGUGUGUUUUGUUAUAGGAAGUAUGAGUAAAGAAAUUUAUCUCACGUUAUGGCAUCACAUUAUAUUACUUUGUCAUUUUUAAAAUUAGUUAUUUAUUUUCUGUUAUUUUGUGUGCAGCGGAAUACUUUUCUUUCCAUUGCAAAGAUAAUAUUUGCAUUGUAGAUCUGAUACUUUUAUGAUACAUGAAAGUCACUCUCCCUAUUUAUCUAUCUUUCAUUCUUUCACCUCUUCCUGUCCCCACUCUCAACUGAUGUGUUUGUUGUGCAUGAGAGAGAGAGAGAGAGAGAGAGAGAGAGAGAGAGAGAGAGAGAAGGAGGGGAGGGGAUUAGAAUCAUGUCUAGAGCUAAAUUUAAAGUUUAAAGCUUUUAUUUGGGAUAUCAGUGACUUUCUCUGCAGAUACACUUUGUUCCAAUUCUGUAAAUUAAAUUUUUGCUGAAAGCAUUCUUCUGAAACAUUUGUUUCUGAAACAUUUGUGUGAACGCUUAGUACUGGAGCAAGCAUGAAUUAUAAAUGCAGCCAGUAAAACUUAAGGAUGGAUUCUAUUUAUUAUUAUGUACAUAUAUAUACACACAAUGUUUAGAUAAAACUGAAAUGUGAUGUGUUCAAAAAGAGACACAUAUGCAGCUGUAGCAAAGCUACAAUUGUUCUAUACUAGUUAGGACUAAAAUUUGAUGAUAAUUUCAUGGUUAUGCAUGACUGUUUCUGUGCAAAGCUGUUCACUUGGAAUGGUGUUAAUUCGACUUUUACUUUCCUUUUUGUUGAUUUAUAUUUUUGCAUGAAACUCUUUAUUGUUAUAGUAAUAAGACAAUAACUGUAUGUGUUGAUCUUCCUAUGACAUCAUCCAUUUUUGUUACCAGUGGAAAUGUAGUGUCUCCAAGAGACCAACAAAAUAUGUGUGACAUCUUUUAGUAUAAUCUCUAUGCCUUCAGUUAAAUGAAGUGUGAAUAUUUUGUACCAUUGUGCUGGAAAUCUGUUAGAUCUUUUUUCUGCAACAAAAAAGACUCACUUGUGUUAUUAGUAAGCAUACCAGAAGCAGAAACAAGAGAGUACGUAUCUGUGGAAGGGUGUUUAGAAAGUGAUGAUAUUUUUUGUAGUCUCUACAUGACAAUAUGGCUGAGCAUUUAGAGGAAGUUCCUCACAGAAACUGGUGCUAUCUGUGUAUUACUGUAUACAAGACUUGUAUGAAUUUCUUCUGUAAAUUUAACUGAUGGUGCGAUGGUCAUUUUAUAGUAUGUGUACUGGGUUGAGAGUAUUAAAACCAUAAUUUCAUA